AUGCAGAUAUGGCGGCGGACCUUCGCCACAUCUGUAGCAAGAUUUGGCUUUAAUCCGACACCUAAUUCGCGCCCCGCGCUUCUGCGAUGUGCGCAGAUUCUCCAGUCCAGCAAGAAGGAGGGACCCUGCAGCUUGGAGGACCAGGAAGUCAAAGUGAAUGGGUUCAUUCGAUCCGUCCGAAAGCAAAAGCGAUUUGCUUUCGCAGAGAUCUCAGAUGGCUCUACCGUUGAGCCAUUACAGGCGAUCUUGAAGCCGUCACAGGCUGUCGAUCUUUCUACCGGUGCCGCUGUCGAAAUUUCAGGAGUAUGGAAAGCUUGCCCGCCUGGAAAGGAGCAGACACAUGAGCUUCAGACAACCGACGUGACCAUUGUCGGAGAAUCAGACCCGGAGACGUUUCCAAUCCAAAAGAAGUACCAAAGCACCGACUUCCUUCGCCAAAUCCCUCACCUCCGCAUUCGAACUCCAUUCCAGUCGCUCCUUGCACGAUUCCGCUCCGAAUGUCUAUUCCAAUUGGGCAACGUCUUCCAUUCCUACCCCAAUGGCGGGUUCACACAAGUACAGCCUCCGAUAAUCACAUCUUCCGAUUGCGAGGGAGCCGGUGAAACAUUCACGUUGCUUCCGCGGGGUGCCGUUACGUCGUCAAGCCCUGAGACCGAUCAUUUCUUCCGGGCACCUAAAUACCUGACUGUGUCGUCGCAACUACACCUUGAGGCCUAUGCUGCCGAACUGGGCAAUGUAUGGACAUUGACGCCUGUUUUCCGGGCGGAGAAGAGCGACACGCCGCGUCAUCUCAGCGAGUUCUACAUGUUGGAAGCCGAGGCCAACUUCAUGGAUGAUCUGGACUCGCUCACUGGCUUGGUGGAGCAUAUCCUUCGGGACUUGACCCGUCGAUUGUAUGAUCAUCCCGUUGGACAGGAGAUCCUGUCAGCAAAGCGGACCGGUGAGUCGGGACAGGAAAGCAACUCUGACCAGCCGGCGUUGGAUCUACGUCAAAGAUGGACCGCCCUAAUGGACGGACCCAAAUGGCAUCGCAUCACAUACACCGAAGCCAUUGAAAAACUACAGCGGGCUGUUACAGAGGACGGUGCCUCGUUUGAGCACCCUCCAACAUGGGAAGGGGGCUUACAGACUGAACAUGAGAAGUACAUUGUCGAGGUGCUUCAUCAAGGCAGUCCAGUCUUUGUUACCAACUACCCCAAGGCCAUCAAGCCUUUCUAUAUGGCCCCGUCCCAGGUCGGGCAGAACAACAGUACACCAGGAGAGACGGUCGCCUGCUUCGAUCUGCUUCUUCCAGAGGUCAGCGAAGUCGCUGGCGGCUCUCUGCGCGAGCAUCGCCUGCCCAAUAUUAUCCAGAACAUGCGCGAGUACGGCCUGAUCAAGGAGCGCACCUCCACCGACCCAGAUACUCCGGCUCCCAGCCAGCCGUUAUACCCUCACCUGUCUCCGACCGAGGAUCUGGGCCAUCUGCAAUGGUACGCCGACCUCCGCCGCUGGGGCUCAGCGCCUCACGGUGGCUUCGGACUCGGGUUUGAUCGGUUCCUGGGCUACCUGUCCGGAGUGUCCAGCGUCCGCGACGUCGUGUCAUUCCCGCGAUAUUUCGGCCGAGCUGAUUGCUAA